UCAGGCAUAUCAAGAAUAUUUUAUAUUCAGUUCCGAAAUCCUCCUCACAAGUCACAACACCUUAAAUUUUAAUACAUAAAAUAUUAAAUGUGGAAAAUAAUAAUAUUAGUCAAAGAACUUAUAGGCUUUGAUUAUUUAUUUUUUUUUUGAAAAUGGAUUAAUUUUAAUUAAAUACUUUAAUCAUUUUUUUUCUAACCAAUCAGUAGAUUCGGUAGCUAAAUAAAUUUGAGUAUAAAAUAAUGAGGGGAGGCAAGAGGAGCUUGCUUUCAUGUGGUACGUGAAAACUGAAAAGUGUGGAAGCUCACAAAACUGAAACACAAACCCAAAUUUUUAUCAAAACCUCUCUCAUUCUAACAGAAAUGGCUGAUAAUGGCUCGCUUGAUGAGUUCCUCGCUUCAGCUGUUGAUGCAGCCAAGAAAGCCGGCGAGAUAAUUCGUAAAGGAUUCUAUCUAACUAAACAUGUGGAGCAUAAGGGCCAGGUGGACUUGGUCACAGAAACUGACAAGGCAUGUGAAGAUCUCAUUUUCAAUCAUCUUAAGCAACUCCACCCCACACAUAAGUUCAUUGGGGAGGAAACUACUGCUGCAUGCGGUGUUACAGAGCUGACUGAUGAGCCUACAUGGAUAGUUGAUCCCCUUGAUGGAACCACAAAUUUUGUUCACGGGUUUCCCUUUGUUUGUGUCUCCAUUGGUCUCACAAUUGGAAAGGUUCCCACAGUUGGUGUUGUUUACAAUCCAAUCAUUGAUGAGCUUUUCACUGGUGUUCUUGGAAAAGGUGCUUUUCUGAAUGGAAAUCCUAUUAAAGUGUCUUCUCAGUCCGAACUUAUGACAUCUCUCCUUGCAACUGAGGUUGGAACUAAACGUGAUGAGGUGACUGUAGAUGCUACCACAAACAGAAUCAAUAGCUUACUUUUCAAGGUGAGAUCUCUUCGGAUGAGUGGCUCCUGUGCAUUGAACCUCUGUGGAAUUGCUUGUGGAAGACUUGAUCUAUUUUAUGAACUCGGCUUUGGGGGUCCUUGGGAUGUGGCAGGAGGUGCAGUUAUUGUGAAAGAAGCCGGAGGGCUUAUAUAUGAUCCAUCUGGUAAGGACUUUGACAUCACAUCUCAACGAGUAGCUGCUUCAAACCCCCUGCUUAAGGAUGCAUUCAUUGAAGUCUUAAAGGCUUAAAGCAACCCAAUUGAGACACCUUUUUAUUAGAUGAAAGCUGCAUAUUUCUCCUCUAUUUGAAAUUUAUCUCUUGUAGCAGUGAGCAGUUAUGUCAUUUGGUUGUAAGAACAGAUAAUAUUUGUAUGUAAUUUUUCAAAUAUCUUAUCUGUCUGCCAAAUUAUUUUAGAACACAUUCAAAACAGUACAUCAUUGGUAAUAAAUAUUGCAUUGCAGUUGCAGUUUCAGCAUCUAUA